UGAUGAAACAAUCUUUAAAAUAGCCAUUUACUUUGUAAAUGUAUUAGAAAAAGUUUGCAAGUAUAAACAAGCCAUCAAUUUACGUAAGGAUAUAAUAACAAUUCAAACUAGAGCUUUAGGUGUCAAUCAUGUUGAUGUUUCAUAUUCGUACGACAAGCUAGGUGGGUUGCUUCAGAAGAAUGGAGAGUACGAAAAAGCAAAAGAAAUUCAUGAGCGAGCGAUGGAAAUUAAAACAAAAGCAUUUGGACCUGACCAUGUUAAUAUCGCAACAACGUACAACAAUCUGGGUUUUGUUUACAAAGAUAUGGGAGAGUACGAAAAAGCAAAAGAUUUUUAUGAACGAGCGAUAGAAAUUCAAACGAGAGCAUUUGGACCUGACCAUGUUAAUAUCGCGAAAACUUACAACAAUCUGGGUUUUGUUUACAGUAAAAUAGGAGAGUACGCAAAAGCCAAACAUUUUUGCAUACGAGCGAUGGAAAUUCAAACAAGAGCAUUUGGACCUGACCAUGUUAAUAUUGCGACAACAUACACUGAUCUGGCUUCAAUUCACAACAAUAUGGGAGAGUACAAAAAAGCAAAAGAUUUUUACGAACGAACAAUAGAAAUUUACACAAAAGAAUUUGGACCUGACCAUGUUUACAUUGCAAUAACGUACAACAAUCUGGGUUUGGUUUACAACAAUAUUGGAGAGUACGAAAAAGCAAAAGAUUUUUACAAACGAGCAAUAGAAAUUUACACAAAAGCAUUUGGAUCUGACCAUGUUCAUUUUGCGACAACGUACUGCAAUCUGGGUUCGGUUUACCAUAAUAUGGGGGAGUAUGAAAAAGCAAAAGAUUUUUACGAACGAACAAUAGAAAUUUACACAAAAGAAUUUGGACCUGACCAUGUUUACAAUGCGAUAACGUACAACGAUCUGGGUUCGGUUUACUAUAAUAUGGGAGAGUUUGAAAAAGCAAAAGAUUUUUACGAACGAGCAAUAGAAAUUUACACAAAAGCAUUUGGAUCUGACCAUGUAAAUAUCGCAAAUAUGUACUGCAAUCUGGGUUCGGUUUACAGUUAUAUGGGAGUGUAUGAAAAAGCAAAAGAUUUUUAUGAACGAGCGAUGGAAAUUCAAACGAAAGCAUUUGGACCCGACAAUGUUAAUAUCGCGACAACGUACUGCAAUUUGGGUUCAGUUUACCAUGAUGUGGGAGAGUACAAAAAAGCAAAAGAUUUUUACGAACGAGCAAUGGAAAUUGAAACGAAAGCAUUUGGACCUGACCAUGUUAAUAUCGCGACAACAUACAACAAUCUGGGUUUGGUUUACAAAAAUAUGGGAGAGUACGAAAAAGCAAAAGAUUUUCACGAACGAGCAAUGGAUAUUAAAACGAAAGCAUUUGGACCUGACCAUGUUAAUAUCGCGACAACGUACAACAAUCUUAAUUUGGUUUACAGUGAUAUAGGUGAAUACGAAAUAGCAAAACAUUUUUAUGAACGAGCAAUACAAUUUCAAACAAAAGUCCUGAUAUGCUAAUUCUGGAAUAAUGUACGAUAAUCUUCAUUUGGUAAUAAACCAUCUACAGAAAUUGACAAUGCAGCUUUAAAUUGCUAGUUGCUAAAGAAGCUUCCGUGUUUGAGAAAAUUUACAACGAGAUAGAAGAAAGAAGAAAUGGAUUUGUGGUUCCGUGAAGUAAGGAAAAAAAUUACACAAACAACAACAGUUGUAUAUAAAAAAGUUUUAACAAAUUCUUGAUAAUAUUCAAUACAAACAUUUGUAUUUUCAAGUUUUCAGUAGUCAUUUAUUUACUGGAACAGUUAUUUCUGUUAGCUGAGAAACUUGUACGGAACUUUACAGUGUAUAUAAGAUUAGUAAGUUUGUAAUCUAUCUAUCUAUAUAUUUAUCUAAAUAUUUAGUCUGAAGUUGUAAAGCUCCUUAAAAUGAGUGGACUGUUUGUUGGGUCAUUUUCAUGAGAGUAAAUCCAUAUUAUAGAGGAACUAUGACAAUUUUACAUCCCUUUUUUUUGAAUGCUUAAAUGACCAGAAGACUACUUUGCCAUAUGAGGAUGCACUUUUUUCUGUAUUCAUUUUGGUAACUCAUAAAAUACAUUUUUUCUUUAUAAGUACUGUAGAUGGGUGAAUUGCUUGAUAAUUGUUAAUCGAUUCAUUAUUUCUUCCUGUUUAUAGUUGGAAUUACUCCCUUAAUUUUUGUGACACUCUUCUUUUUAAUAACUGAGAAAUAUGCAAUUUACGUAAUGUAA